GUGACUGAGGAAACAUCUGAAAGAAAGACAAGUAUGGAGCAGAUAGUGCACAAGAACUUGAAGGUCAACGGCAUCAACAUGCACGUGGCGGAGCUUGGUCAAGGCCCGGCGGCGGUGCUCUUCCUCCACGGCUUCCCUGAGCUCUGGUACUCGUGGCGGCACCAGAUGGUCCACCUCUCCGGCAAGGGUUACCGCACUAUCGCACCAGAUCUCCGUGGCUACGGCGACACCGAUGCUCCGCCUAGCCCCACCAGCUACACGGUGCUCCACAUCGUCGGAGACCUGGUGGCGCUGCUCGACGCUCUGGGACUGGAUCAGGUUUUCCUGGUGGGCCACGACUGGGGCGCCAUCGUUGCCUGGUGGUUCUGUUUACUCAGGCCGGAUCGAAUCAAAGCUCUGGUGAACACAAGUGUGGCUUUUCAGCCAAGAAAUCCUUUCGUUAAAACCAUUCAGGGUUACAGAGAUGUUCUUGGUGAUGGCUUCUACAUGUGCAGAUUCCAGGAAGCAGGAAAGGCAGAAGAAGCAUUUGCAAGUACAGAUACAGCAUCUGUAAUAAGAAGAUUUCUGUCGGGACGUGAUCCAAAACCACCGUGCAUUCCCACUGAACUAAGUCUAGACAUUCUUUUCAAAGCUCCUCCACCACCACUUCCCUCUUGGCUCCUCCCUGAAGAUGUUGAUUACUACGCCACUAAAUUCGACAAAUCCGGCUUCACCGGCGGUCUAAACUACUAUCGAGCCAUGGAUUUGAGUUGGGAGCUGACAGGGCCUUGGACAAAAUCCGUAAUAAAAGUGCCGGUCAAGUUCUUGAUCGGUGACAUGGAUGUAACUUACCAUUUUCCGGGUGUGAAGGAAUACAUACAAAGUGGUGGCCUCAAGAAAUAUGUUCCCCUUUUAGAAGAAGUUGUGGUUAUCGAAGGUGUUGGCCACUUUCUCAACCAAGAAAUCCCCGACCUAGUCAGCCAACACAUCCUCGACUUCAUCUCCAAAUUCUGAUAUCAUUCGUAUUUCGUACCACUGAUCAUUGUUAUUUGUCUUGUCUGAAAAAUCAAGAGAAUAAUCCAUUAUUCCAAAUAAAUUUCUAUUACCACAUAUGUGGGAUAUAUAGAUGAUGAUUUUACAACUUGUUCUUGUAAGUACAAAUAAUCACGAAAUAAUAUAUAUUUGAGUUA